AUGCUGUUCCACGCCGCCCUCCUUUCCCUCGGCGCAGUCGGUGCUCUUGGGCAUGCUGUGGUGGAAACUCCCACCCCGAGGAAGCCAGGGAGCUUAUCCGAUGAACUCUGUGGUGCUGCGGUAUCAAAAAUACUGAACAGAGAUCUUGCCGGUCCCAUUGAGAACGCUGCCGAAGUUGCCGACGCUGAUUACAACUGCGACGUUUAUAUUUGCCGAGGAUACCAGUACGGGGAUAACGAAGCUAGUCUUCACACAUUUAGUGCUGGGGACGUCGUCGAUUUUCAUAUCGACAUGGUUGCCGGCCAUAGACCCGGAUACGCAAACGUGUCGGUGAUCGACCCAGUUAACAACGUCGUUCUCGGCAGUCCGUUGAAAACAUGGGAGGCGUGGCCUGUCAACAAUCCCGGCCCAGACCGGGAUGAUAUUAACUUCAGCGUCACCAUUCCAGAAAGCCUGGCCGACACCUGUACCGAGGGCGGGAAGUGCGUUAUUCAAUGGUAUUGGUACGCGAUCGGUAACUCUCAAACCUAUGAGAGCUGCGUCGACUUUGUCAUCGGUGCUUGA